AUGAACGGUUUGAUCACACACACACACACACACACACACACCCAUACACACACAGUCGCUUUGGAUUGUAACCUAAGCAGGGACACACACUGUAGAAGCUGCAGCAGCGACUUGAGUGAGGUGGAACCGGAGGGGGAGCCGAGAAGUUACUUUUUGAAGACUGUCCUUCGCCGUGCGUAAAAUGAAAGUGGUGCGUAAAUGUCCGCGCGUCCCCGUCUGGAUUAGGUGGUAGAUGAUCAACUGAAAAACUCGCUCGGGAACUAGUGACAGCGGUGAAAGUCUUCCUGUGCCACGGAUGCUGUUGCAUGUGGUCCCGGGUCUGCGCUCCUGCUCCUGCCUGUGAGAUUAGAUUUGAGCCAUGGCUUACUCUCAGCUGGGAUACCCCUACUCCACCGCACCGCAGUUUCUGAUGACUUCAAGCUCUCUGGCCGGUUGUCUGGAGCCGGGGACGCCUCCGUCUCACCCGGUGCUGCGCUCCCCCGGGCACCAGCUCACCCCGAGCACCGGCAUCGGAGUCUACAGCGGCCCUUACCCAAAGAGCCAAGGUUACUACAACACCUGCACCAGCGACGCCACAGCGCUCUAUCCCAGAGGGCCACUGGAUCCAAAAGACGGAGCUGCAUCUGUGCAUGUGGGGACAUCUCAGACUCCUGCCUACUACCCCUAUGAAUACACAUUUGGACAAUAUUCUUACGACAGAUAUGGGUAUUCCUGCUCUGAUGGCGCUUCUCGUCGUAAAAACGCCACCCGAGAGACCACCAGCACCCUGAAAGCCUGGCUGCAGGAGCACCAGAAGAACCCCUACCCCACCAAGGGAGAGAAGAUAAUGCUCGCUAUCAUCACCAGGAUGACUCUCACACAGGUGUCGACAUGGUUUGCCAAUGCACGCAGGAGGCUGAAGAAGGAGAACAAGGUGACGUGGUCACCGCGAGCUUGUAAAGGCUCUGAUGAUCGGGGCUGUGAUGAUGACAGUGAUGAAGCUGAGAAGCCAGUUAAAGAUGAAAAAGACCAUCCUGAUCAACAGUGUGCCGAGCUGCAGAGUGAUCUCGAGGACUUCGACCUGCUGGAGUCCGAUGCUUCCGACUGUGAACCGAAGCCACAAUUCCUACCUGAGGACAAUGAAGAAAACCCAAACACAGAUCUCCCACAUGAGCACCUCACACACAACCCUGAAACACUUCACAGAAAAGACAGAUUGUCCCCGGACUGCCCCAGACUCACACCAGUCCAGCACCAAAACACCUCCUUCUUUCCAAACCCAGACCUUCGAGACACAGAUGCGAAGCCGAAAAUAUGGUCCAUCGCUCACACCGCUGUGUCUUUGGAUGGCAGCUUGCAGCCAGAGUACCCUCCUUGUAUGCUGUCGUCCAACGGCUCCUCCUCUCCUGUGUAUCCGUCAAGUAUGGGGCUCACUAAGGCAGACAGGCAACAGGAAUCACCAGUCGCCACGCUCCGAGAAUGGGUGGACGGAGUAUUCCAUGGUCCCCCUUUCCAACAGCCCAAACCAGCUGAAGUGUGGAAAGGCUUUAAUGAUGCCGCGAUAGACAUCAGAAUACCCGGACAAUCCUUUGAACUUGUUAGGUCUACUUCAUCUUUGUAGUCCAACCAACCCAUCAACAACGGAAUAUUUCAAAGACUGCUGGACAUGAAGUCUAUAUUGUGUUGUUGUGACCAAUUGACCAUUUGCUGAGCACCUCCCUUUUAGUCACUGUGGCUACGCCAGUCAAUCUUUCCAUUCUUGCACAGUAACUUUGGCAGAUGCAGCGGUCAAAUUUGUGAAUAUUUUUAAAUAGGUUUUAAGACAGAGAGAGAGAAUUUCAAACUCCUCAUUCAUCACAUUGUCCAUUAGUUUAGUUGAAAAACUCCAACUCUGACUGACUUUUUAAAACUGCAAGUUGUAAACAUGUCUUAAAUAUGCACUUGACGGCCACAUAAGCCUACUGGACAUUAAGCUAAAGGACUGAGGCGAAAGUCUAAUGUCACAGGGAAAAGGUCGGCACCAUCACCACUUAAUGAUCAAAGAAGACACGCAGGCUUUUAAAAUGUGGAGUAAUCAGCGCGUUUUGCAAAUGUAAAUGUAAUGUUGCUGGAGUGUAAACAAAACCUGAAUUGCUCCUAAAGGAGCAGGGCAGGGCCGUUAAAGUUAGGAUUGGUAAGUUUAAUGGGAUAUCCUUUUUAUUUGUUGAAAUAGAAUGUCCUGAUAGCCAUUAAUAAAUGAAGUCGUCUGAAAAAAGAAGAGAAAGAAAAGCCCCUGUCUGUGGCCCUCGCAGGGCUGUAAUAAACACGACCAAUCAUUUCAUCUGACCGAAUGCCGGAGAGACAUAAACCGCUGAAACAGAGACAUUAGCCAAAAGUUAGCGAGUGAGUCACGUGUGCGUGUUCAUAUUUUUUGGUGGCCGAGCUUUAACAAGAGGGCUGAUUGGAGGGGAUGGGACGUAUUGGUUGCAUAUUUUUGAAGUGUCGCCUGCUCUUGCUAGCUUUUCCUGUAUUACCUACCUUAGCUUUAACGUUAGCAUGAUUGCAACCUGGACUGACUUCUAAACAAUGAGAAAAAUGCUUCACCGUGGAUUUGCUAGAAGUGAGUGGCUCUUUUGUUUGAACCCACGAAAAAAUAUAGUGAACGCUCGUUGAAAAUAAUUAGCAGAACUUAACUAACCUAAUGCUACAGACAGUAGUAAGCUACAAAGCUUGGCUUGCUGACGGUUGCAGCUUAAUCCAAUUCUUACACCUUUGCACUUUUAUUUCUGGUUUUUGGAAAGAAAAUUUCAACAACCUCCAAACUUGUGAGAAAAGGAGCCGAGUUAUGGACGCUCAGCUACAAAUGGCAAAAUUGCUGUUUGGCAAAAGGUUUAAGCGAAUGGUCAAUAAACAAAGUGUGAUCCUUUUUGGACAUUUUGAUAUGCCCUCUCUCUCUCUCUCUCUCUGUCAACUUUGAUUGUUAUGGACAAAUCUUAUGGACAAAUGUGAGCAAACAACUGUGACCACACACACACAUACACACACACACUUCCCUGCAGCAAGGUUGUACGAUUCACACACAUAAAAAUGAUACAAUAUUGUACACAUGCACAAUAGCCUGCACAUACACUGAGUCACAAAAAUAAAUGGUGUAUUCUGUAGCAUGGCAAAGUUUUCUGUGUGUGCCCUUAUGUCCGCUGUCCACUGUGCUGGAACCACUAAUGUUAUCAGUUUAAAUGUUGUAAACCCUGCUCAGGGAUAGUGGAAUAUACCUUUGCAGCUGUGUCUGUGUAUGUGUGUGUGUGUGUAUGUGUGUGUGUGUACGUGUGUGUGUGUGAGUUUUGAGGAAGUGAAAGGGGGGAAGUGGGUGGUAUUCAGCCGUGACUAAUGGAAACACACAGAGGAGGGUACUGCUAAAUUGUUAAAUCGAUGCCACUUCCACCUCGGCUCCAGAUAUAGCUGCAAUCAGCGAUGCGUCCCUUUUCAUUAGGCGUCUUUUGACUGUCAACCUGGGACUGCAAGAAAAUCCACUGUGUGCCAAAUACUUCAUGAAACCUCUUAAGUAAUUUUAAGAAAGUGUUACAUCUGUAUCCACUUAGGUGAUUUUCUGAUACAAGCAAUAAGAAGCAUUAUACAAAAUAAACAGAAAAAUAAGGCGGGGAUCAGUGAGGCUGAAUAUUUUAUAUAUAUAUAUAUAUAUAUAUAUAUAAAGAGAAAAUUUCCACCAGCUUCAAUUAUUAAAGAAAUCUUCACAAAUUUAGCACAAAAACAUUUAAACCAACACUUUCUAAAACAAAGCACAACAAGAAACAGUGAGAAAUAUUUUUUUCGCUCCCAUCUUUCUCCUCCUGCUGUUUUUCGAUUUAGGAACAGUGAUAAAGUAUUUAUCAGAACAGAGGAGGGAUCUGCCCAGGCUUUGUAUGGAAUUAACCAUUUCGGAUUAAAUAAUUCAGGAUGAAUUCAACCGAGAAUUUCAUUCUGUUUCUGCCUCAUAAAUAAGUAAGAUUCAAGAUGA